GGUACACUGAGCAUGCGCACUUUUUUCUGUUAGCGUUUCCUUGAAGUUCACAAGAAUGGUGGUGGAGACGCGUCUGGUCGUUUAAGGAUAGAUAAAGUCGCUUCGGAAGCUUCUUAAAACAUCGCCAAGUUUGCUAACAGUGCAUGGAAGAAAGUGGUCUACAACUCUCAGGCAACACUGUUACUGGAAUGCUGGAUAGUGAGUCCACUGCCAUGGAGAGCAAUGGGGAUGCCUUUCUUCCUGACCUUCCUGUUCCAAGCCAAGCUGCAGAUUGGUCUUUAGACCAAGGCACCGGAGAACCACUCACAAACAUCAUACCCGGGGAUUCUGAUGGAUCUCGAAAUGGUACAGGGCCACAGCAACAACCUUCUCAGGAAAUAAAUACCACAGAGAAGGCAGUGGAGCAGCUUCAUCUUGCAAGCGCACAGCUUUUUCAGGAGGUGCAGCCCCCUCAACCCCCAGAAAAUGUCGAACAGCCAUUAGAACACAAAAUAGCGGCUGAACAACAUGGACAGGAGAUGAGCCUGGAUCCAAGUACUGCUGGACAAGAUGGCACUCAAGAUGGCCCUGAAGCCCCACAGGCAAUGGAGGAUGGCAUGGAAUUGGAGGAGCCACCCAAAGAUGCCACUGAGCUAUCUGCCAUUCCAAUAGAACCAGAAAUGCCCAGUGAGUUUGAGAAACUCUAUAGAGGUUGUGAAGAGAAUCCGGAGGACUUCAAUGCUUGGGUCUAUUUGUUGCAGUAUGUGGAGCAGGAGAAUGUCCUCACUGCUGUGAAAAAGGCAUUUGAUGCAUUUUUGCUCCGCUACCCUUACUGCUAUGGAUAUUGGAAGAAGUAUGCUGAUAUGGAGAAGAAGCAUGGCAAUGUACAAGUUGCUGAAGAGGUCUAUAGGAGAGGCUUGCAGGUGAUUCCUCUCAGUGUUGACCUGUGGCUGCACUAUCUGACCUUCAUUAAAGAAAACUCAGAUCCUAACAACCCAGACACUGAGGGCCACAUUAGAGCAACCUAUGAACAGUCAGUGCUGGCGGCAGGCACAGAUUUCCGCUCAGACCGUCUGUGGGAGUCAUUUAUCAAUUGGGAAACUGAGCAGCAGAAGCUAGCCAAUGUCACUGCCAUCUAUGACCGCGUCUUGGGCAUCCCAACACAGCUCUAUUCUCAGCACUUUCAAAAAUUCAAAGAUCAUGUACAGAACAACAACCCAAAACACUUUUUGUCAGAAGACGAGUUUGUACGACUUAGGCUGGAGCUCUCUAAAGCCAGUCACGUGUCAAUGGUCAGCAACGAUGAUGAGACCCCUGUCAUGGAGGAGGAGCUUCCACCUGGAACAGAGGAUCUUGCCGACCCUGCCAAGAGAGUGACAGAGAUUGAGAAUAUGCGCCACAAAGUGAUUGAGGUUCGGCAGGAAGUGUUCAACCACAAUGAACAUGAAGUCAGCAAACGCUGGGCAUUUGAAGAAGGGAUCAAGCGACCAUACUUCCACGUCAAAGCCUUAGAGAAGACGCAGCUGACCAACUGGAAGGAAUACCUGGACUUUGAGAUUGAAAAUGGAACUCCGGAGCGUGUGGUUGUCCUGUUUGAGCGAUGCUUGAUUGCCUGUGCCCUCUACGAGGAGUUCUGGACUAAGGUAAUGUCACCGUUAACCUGGCUCUCAGCGCUGCGACUUCCCUGCACUCCCCCAAUCAACGAUGAUAAUCACAACGACACAGCACGUCCUGCACUCUCUUUGCGUGUAACGUUGAUAUGUGACUGUAUCUGUUGUAUUAGGGGAUGGCCAGCUUGCCACACAAGAAUUGACUGCAGCAUUUGCCAACUACUACGUUGCAUCUUCCUCGUCUCCCACUACCUUACAGAAUCUUAUCUAAUUGGUUCCAUGAAGUAUGCAAAAUAUCUAGAGAGCUACAACACUGAAUGUGUGAGACAUGUCUACAAGAAAGCCUGCACCAUCCAUCUGCCCAAGAAACCAGCCAUCCACCUGCUGUGGGCAGCCUUUGAGGAGCAACAAGGCAACCUGGACGAAGCCCGAGAAAUCCUGAUGUCUCUGGAGGCAGCAGUUCCUGGUCUGGCUAUGGUUUGUCUUCGGAGGGUCAGCCUGGAGCGUCGCAAUGGCCAAGUGGAUAAAGCGGAGGACCUGUUACGGGAGGCCAUGGAGUCGGCGAAGAAUGAGGGUGACGCGUCCUUCUAUGCUGUGAAGCUGGCAAGGCAUCUGUUGAAGCUGCAGAAAAGUGUGAGCAAAGCGAGAACAGUGCUCCUGGAUGCUAUUGAAAAAGACCAGACGAGUCCAAAACUGUAUCUAAACCUGCUGGAGCUGGAGUUUAAUGGUGAUGUGACACAGAAUGAGGCAGAAAUCCUAGCGUGCUUUGACCGAGCAUUGAGCAGCCAGAUGUCACUCGAGUCUCGCCUGCUCUUCUCUCAACGCAAAGUUGAGUUUCUUGAGGAUUUUGGCAGUGACAUCAAUAUACUUUUGGCCGCAAAUGAAGAACAGCAGAAACUACUUCAAGAGAUUGAAUCUGCAAAAAGGAAAGCUGAAAAUGGGUAUGAAAGUUCUCAGGAACCUGAUGCUAAGAGACAGCGUGUUGAUGACACUUCAGGAGCAGUAAGCACAGGGACAGACGCGCAAGCAAACAACUCGGCAUAUAAUUACAACUGGUAUCAGCAACAAUACGGUGGCUGGGGACAGAAUGCGUGGGGACAGUACAACCAAUAUGGCCAAUAUAACCAGUACUACCCUCCACCCCCUACAUAAUCACUAAAACCCGGACAUGAAGAUGGAGACUCUGAGGAAAUCAUCCAGUCAUGUUUGCCAUAUUACAGUAUCAACCAACAGAACGAAUGCUGAUUUAGGUUUUUAUAGCUAAGUUUAAGCAUUUAACUUGUAACCAGUUAUUUUUAAAAGUAAGAGUAAUUGGCUCUUUGUCUCCAACAGUGGGUGCUUUUUGGGUUCCUAAUGCAUGUUAUUUGACAAAGCAAUUCAAAUUGCUUUUGCUUGGAUAAAUGCUAAGUUUUGAUUGGAUGACUUUGUUUGAUCUCUCUCUUUGUGUUUUAGAUGAGGCAUACCUCUAAGUUGUGUUUCUUCUUCCUAUGCUGAUAGAUUUUAAAAAAGAAUAUUCCAUGGUUGUUUCCACUCACUCAAAUGAAGAGUUUGUUGAUUGUCUUUUUUAUUUUUGAUUUGUUUUCAUAAUAAAGUGAUACCCUCUGUCUAUUU